AUGGCAGUGUUCAGUGAGCCCAGUGGCCAAGAAUGGCAACAGAUCUGUCAGCUGCUUCUCGCCGUUGGUCUUUCCGCUCUAAUCGGGAUCGAGCGCCAAAUACGACAAAAAAGUGCCGGACUGCGCACCAACACUUUGGUCGGGAUGGGUUCAGCCUUAUUCAUGCUGGUUUCGAAAUACGGCUUCAUGGAUGUCCUGUCGAAGUACCGAGUCGUCGUAGAUCCAUCGCGAAUCGCCGCUCAGAUCGUUUCGGGCAUCGGCUUUAUCGGCGGCGGCAUCAUAUUCAAACAACAAAGCGAUAUUCGAGGCCUGACAACCGCCGCCGCAGUCUGGCUCACUGCUGCCAUUGGAUCUGCAUGUGGAGCGGGUCUCCCGAUACUUGCUUCGCUUGCAACCGCUCUGUAUUUUGUUACCGUCAUUGCCUUUCCUUUUGUCUGGACGUUUGCAAGGAGAAUUCACAGUGCGAAUGAAGCCUUGGAGGCUUUGAUAACUGUUCGAUAUCGUAUGGCGGACAGUGGGCUUGAACCGAUCUUGGAUGUGGUACUGAAAGCGGGAGUCGACACCGUCAAUGUCAAACGGAUAGAAGAAGUCAUGCUCUCUUCUUUUCAGAGUCCGGUCAUGGCAAGCAAUAUGGAUCGUCAAUCGACACGACAAUCGGCACCAGCUGACUCUCCACUCCCGCCGCCGAUGACGACACCGGGUUAUAGCCGAGUUUUUGACGUGCAGAUCCAGAUAUCUGGACACAAAUCUCCAAAUGAGGUAGUUCGCUUGUUGUCGCAGCUGCCUUCCGUGACAGGUGUGUUGAUAGACGAUGAACCGAAUGAUGAGGUUUAG